UAUAACAAUUUUGGUUUGGCUAAUAUUUGCUUAAUGAUUUAAGAUCAUUUCAUUAUUGAAAACUAGUAUUUAAGCCUAGAAAAAUAAAGUACUUUAAUGACGUGUUGGUAAACGUUACGUAUGUUUUGAAGGAUAAUAUCUUUGGAAUGGUGAAAGCAGGCAGCUUCUGUGUGGAGCUUCGUGGCAGAGAAGACAGGAAAAAAUGAUCUCAUCCAAGUAUACCUAAAAAGCUUUUAAAAAAUGCAUGAGCUGUUUACUCAAGUUCUUAGCAAGAAAGACUUGUCAAAGGCCGGUGACUUGUUCUCCGUGUCCGACCAAGCCAUCAUCAACGACCUGACGGAGGUAGUGAACACCAUCGCCGAGAUCACCAGCCUCCCGGACUACGUCAACAACGACAAUGACCAGAGCGUGGUGGAGAUAUGUGUCACCCGCGUCACUUCCUGCAUCAGGGAGACGGGGUCCAUGGAGCAGCACGCGGAGGCGCUGGUCGCUCUGCUCGAGUCGUGCCUCAACCACAACCUCAAGCCCUCGCACAAGGACGAGGACCCUCCGCACGCCAAGAUCUCGUCCGACAUUGUAUCCUGCAUCUUCCAGAACUACAGCAAGAAGGACGUGAUGAAGCGGGCCCUGCCCGUCGCAGUCAAGUUCCUGCACAAGGGCAACAAGGAGCUGUCCCGCAACAUGUCCUCGUACCUGUCCCUGGCGGCCAUCGAGAGCGCCGACCUGCUGGCCAAGCACAUCCAGCUCAUCAUCGACUCCAUCAUAUCAGGGAACUACCCUUUGUGUCGCGUGCUGCCCCAGAUCUACGAGGUGAACAAGGAGCCUCUCCACGAGCACGUCAUGCCGCUCGUGUCCUUGCUGCCGCUCUGCGAGUACCCGGAGAAGCUGGCCUUGCUCGGCCUGUUUGCGCUCAUAGCCAAGAGCAACUCCUCCCUGCUGGAGCCCAGCCUGCCGCAGCUGAGCGAGUACCUGGGCACGGCCCAGACGGCUCCCGCCACCAUGCGGGUGCUGCUCAACAUGGCGGGCACGCGCCCCCAGUGCCUGGUGGACCACGUGGCCCAGGUGAAGCUGGCCGCCGCGUCCCACCCCAGCACGCUGUGCCUCGCCGCGCAGGUCAUCUCGUCCGUCGGCAAGCUCAGCAAGGACCGGGCCCAGGACGCACUGAACUUCGUGCUGGAGCACCUGCCCAAGGCGGACCGUGGCAGCCAGGGCACCCUGCUGCGCGAGGCCAAGCUCCUGUGCAGCAGCUACCCCGUGCUCUUCACGGAGAAGAUGCUGGCCGAGGUGCGCCAGUGCGGCCACAAGGACCCCGCGGCCAACGGCACGCUCGGCAGCAACUCGCAGGUGAACCAGACCUCGGGCGGGGUGACCAUCGUGAAGGUGGGCGGCGGGCGGGCGGAGACGCAGCAGGGCGCCCGCCAGCCCGCGCAGCAGCCGGCCCCGGGAGGCAGCAAGGAGCACGUGGCGGCAGUCCUCGGCGGCAACGCCAGGUACCCGCACCACAGCCACAACCACAACGGCCACCAGGAUGGCUACUGGCUGAACCGGCAGGAGGUGAACCGGCUGGUGAUUGGCCGGACGAGGCUGGGCGGGGACAGCCGCAGCACGGGGAGACUGCACACGUCGGCGGCCCACAGGAGCAUGACCCGGCUGAACACGGGUGGCGGCAGCCGCGCGGGCUCGGUGGGCGGCCUGCACAAGAGCAUGACGCGCCUCAGCUCCAGCCAGCAGAUCAACCUGGUGCCGGCGGGCCCAGGCAGCCGCAGCAUCACCACCAUCAACGGGGGCCGGCAGAGGGUCUCCAGCGGCGGGGUGACCGUCACCACCGUCCUGCCCGGCAAGGGCUCCGGAGGCGGCAGUUCGUCUGGUCUUCGUGACGACCGGGACAUGGUGGUGUCCGUGUCCACCUCGUACCCGCAGGGCGUCACACACACCAGCCCCCUCGUGGUGCAGGCUUCAUCCAAGGAUGUUGGGAACAGUCGCAGCAGCCAGCUCAACAACUCGGGCAGCCGCCUGCACGCGAUGACGUCGUCGCAGCCGCACGUGGUCGGGCCGGGACGCGGGGCGACCACCGCCACCUCGCAGACGCUGCCCGCGGCGGUGGUCACCUCCCGCAGGGCUGCCAACAACACCAGCGUCACCAUCAUCGGCAACUGUCUCCAGCAGCAGGCGGGUAACGUGGCGGUGGCCGCAGCGUCUCAGAGGAUCAGUGUGUUUGAGCCGUACCCGAUGCGAGACACAGUCCAGCACUUCUGCGAGAAGCACCUGGAUAAAAUAAAGGCCUACAUGGAGAAAGUCUCUGCUCGGAUUCCUCCUCCAGCCAAGUGCACCAUCGAGGAAUUAAGAAACACCAAGAAACUGGCGAAGCUGCACUUUGCCUGUCAAGGUCGUGGCGAACAUUGCCUGUACAACCGCACAUUCUUCACCAUGAAGACCAGGAACCCUCGCAUUUGGAUACACCUCAUGUUUCUGGCCUUACAGGCGAGAUCGGAGUCGGCCCUGAGCUCGAGGGACUCGUCGGUGAGCGCCCUGAAGAACUGCUGGGACAUCCUGAAGUGCGAGAACAAGACGUUCCUCACCCUCGUCACCUCCGCGUUCCCCUGCACCAAGGAUCAGGACUUGCUGCUGAACGAGCUGCGACACAGCGGCUUCUUCGACGUGUUCGAGGCGACCCCCAACGCAGAGGAGGCUAGGUGGGGCUGCUUCCUGUGCAACCACCCGGAGCGCGCCGUGGGCUUCCUGCAGGACAGCCAGCCAGUCAUCGAGGGCUGCCUCAAGGAGAAGAAGGGCCGCUGGAGGCUCUUCAGGCGGUGGAGGACGCGAUACUUCACCCUGUCCGGGGUCCACCUCUCCUACAAGGGCUCUAAGGACGACAAAGACGUGACGCCCAUCGAAGUGAACCAGAUCCGCAGCGUGAAGGUGAGCCGGGGGGCCCGCAACAUCCCGAAGGCGUUCGAGAUCUUCACCGGGGACCAGUCGCUGAUCCUGAAGCCGAAAGGAGGCAAGAAGGUGGAGGAGUGGGUUCAGUGCCUGUCCAUCGUGGUGGCCCACUCGCAGUCCCGGGAGAUCCCGGCCAAGAGCAACUCCCUGCCCGCCCGCGGAGUCAGCCUGCGCACCGCCGUCUAGUCCCGCUGCUUCAAUACCUGCUCCGCAUUUGCAGUCGUUUCAACACCGCCGCCAUUCACGUAUUCACUGGUGCUCAUCAGCACUCAGCAUACCUGGAGAACUGACAGAGGAGUAGUCUACGCAGCAAGCAGGAAACAUUGGGCGUAAUUUGUAAUACAUAUCCACCUAUUACAUUUAUCAAUGUGUCAGUGAUGGGACAGUGGUUUUUGUUUCUUUAGACACAAGUUCAUUUCAACCAAAUGAAGACUAAUACCGUAUUUACCUGCAUAUGGGUUGCACAUUUUAUGCUGAUUUUUAGAUUUAAAAGUAUAAUGUGACCCUUAUGCGGGUUUUUCACUUUGGGUUUAAAAAAAAAGUAUACUGCACUGUAAAUAGGACAAAUGUUUCUGGGUUGGAUUUUUAGGUUAUGUUGCGAAAAGUGAUUUUAAUUCAUGUGUUAAUAUGACCAAAGUUUCGGGAAUGGUUGUAUUAGAAAGUAAUAGUUACAUGUAAAGUGUGGAGGUUACAGAUUCUCAUAUACUUUUUGACUUGGGCAAAUAUCAGCAUGAAUUUUUCUGAGACCACUUGUGUGUGCACCGAAAAGUGAACCCUUUCAGUAAUUAGCGCAAAUAACUAAACUAUGUUCAUUUUUAAUUAUCUGCAGGAGUUGGUAUAAUUUGUUAAAUUAAAAAUAUCUCGGCAGUAGUGUGAAGCUCUGUGAACAGCGCAGUUAUCUUACACCUGCCGUCUGCCGGCGAGUGACGUGUGUGCUGCGCUGUGCUGCCAUGACGACGAGGGGUAAAUGUAAAAAUAAACCAGCGAGAGAGAGCGAGAGUGUAUGUACAUUUGUGUGUACAUGUGGGUGAGGCUAUGUGACAGUGUUGAUGGAUCUCCCUCCUCCUCAUCUUUGUAAAUGUCCCAUCAGCUGGCACCCUUCACAGUUAAUGUGUCAAUCUUGACAGGUGUUCAUGACGCAACUGUGCUCAGCCAUGCUUGUUUUUUUUUGCGUGAUAUUUCCCACGCUUUGAACUGAAAAUUCUGUUGGUGUUUAUAAGUGUGCCUUUUAUAUUCCUCCAGCCACUCCUUUUAGUUGAGUGCUAGUUUUUAUAGAAGGAACUGACAGAGUAGCUUGCCGCCACCUCUCUCUCGCAGCAAAGGGAUGGGUAUAAAAAAAAAAAAUACAAUAGAAGAAAGAGAAACAAGGGUAUAAAAAAUAGCAGUCUUCUCCUUUGUCUUUUUGUUAUGUAAUGCGGAAAUUGAAAGGGUCGUAAAAAGGGGGUGGAGUAGUAUACAGACAAAGAAGAACCUAGGGGCACCAUAUCCACAGAAUUUUAGGAAAGACAGAUAUAUGGUGUAACCCUUAGCUCUUAUUCGAGGGGGACCCUUAUGGUUAAAAUUAUAUAUAUUUUUACCCAAAAGUAUAGGUGUGAUCCAUACACAGGGGUAACCUUUCUGCGGGUAAAUACAGUAAUAUAAAAUGGGCUGUAAUUUCCAGGAUAUUCUGUGUGUGUAAAGAUAUUAAGUUACAUUAUUUUAUUGUAUGUUACUAUAAUGUUAAAGAAUGCUUUAUAUUACAGCCCUUGCUGUAAACUUUCUUUCAUCUAACACCAAUGUUAAUGGUCCCUUAAUUUUAUAGUUUAGUAAUCUUAUAUAAAUUACCAAUAUCUUAAACUUCAUUUAGUUUGCAAAAAAAAAAAUUAAGCAUUCUCUAGUGAAAUAUUUUUUGUUUACCAUAUUUGUGAUUCCAUUGUUCGACCAUUGAAACAAAGGACUUUUUUAUAACAAAUAUUGAACUAUAGAAAUGUGGUGCACUUUCAUUGAUGAAAAUUAUCAAGCCUAAUAUUAUUGAACCCUUAUAUACAUGGCAUAAUCAUAGAUGCUAUUUCUGUAUGAUCAUUAACAAUAUUAAUCAUUCCCUUCAUUUUUAUACCAUUUCCUAAACAUUCCCAUUUAUUCCAUGGUGCAUUUUUACUUAUUCAGGUGAUAUUGACUGUUUGAAUUUAAGUGUUAGCAAGCAUGUGUAUAAAAUGUUACUCUGAUGACAAUAAUAUAUUUUGAAGUAUUUUCAUUAAUUUGUAUUUGUAUGUAUAAAACUUCAUUUAGUAAUGAAAUUUGUAUUAUAUAAAAUUAAUAUUGUAUUACUGAAAGGUCAUGUGAUAUUUUAGAUCUAGAAUACUGUAGUACUUAAAGCCAAGUGAUAUGGAUGAGGCCAAAGUAAUUAAGUAUUUUUAUAUUUAAUCUACAUGAAGACAGACAUGUACUAAGUGCCAUCCUUGCCCAUUGUGUUGAUAUUACUGCAGCUACUGAGAUUGUAGAGCGAGAAUUUAAAGUAACCCUUGUAGCUUCUGUAUUUAUGUUGCACAGACAUUAGAUGGAUUUUUUAUGCAAACUGCGGACUGUCAGCACAAGUGAUUUAUGUACUUACACAUUCAUGAUGAUAAGUUCUGUAACUUUUGUUGUAAUUGUGAGAGAUUUGCUAACUUAGCUGUGUUUACAUGUGUGUGAUAAUAUAACUUGCAGUAUCUACAUUUUUAAUAGUGAUGGGUCAGUCCCGAUUCUUGGUUUCGGCCGGUUCUUAGCAAGUUAACUCUCACCCAGAACCAUAAAUAUAAUCCUCUUACCGGUGGCCGGUUCUUAGCAAGUUAACUCUCACCCAGAACCAUAAAUAUAAUCCUCUUACCGGUACCAAGGAAAGCUGAACAGUCAAACCUUUCAGUGGUAAAAAUACAAUAGACUUGUUUAAAAUGUUGUUGUAGCUGUUGUAGGGGGGGGGGGGGGGGGGGGGGGCAUGUAUUUUGGGCAACUAAUGCACAUGUCCUUGUAACUUCCAUUUCAACCCUUUGUGACAGUGAAAGAAAGGUUCGUGAAUCUUGGAAAAUUGCUGUGGGCCACAGUUACCCUCCCCCUUCCCUUCUGCUACAUUUGGAAAGAUAACCACCCCAGCAGGAUGUGUCCAGUGUAAACAAAUGAGAUCCCGACCCUUUUUCUGUCUCUUUUCACUUGGAGACAGGGAUGAUCAUUUUAACUGAAAGUAGCCCUGUGUAAAAAUAAACUACCAUGAUUUACAGUUGUCUACUACUCAUGAACACUGUAGAUGUUUGCAAUUAAAGUUUCAGUGUUUUGUGAUCUGUUGUAGUAUCAGAACUGUUAUAAUACUUUUAACUUUUUAUGUGCCUAAACCAACAAGUGACUCAGCAAAAAAAAAGUUAUUACAUAACCUAGAAUGUAUAACUAGAUUUUGCAUCACCACAUGUUGUAGGUUAUUUGCUAUUGUAGUCACCUAGUAAUACAUUAAGCACUUGUGCUACCUAGAGGCUAGGUGACUUAUUUGAGGUGAAACUAUUGUAAAGUAGGGUGCUUAGAAGUAAUAUUGAACAAUUAAACAUGCCAUGUAUUUGGA